AUGGCCCUCUUCCUACCGGAAACAGCCCGAAGCAUUGUUGCUAAUGGAAGUCGCUCGGCAAAAGGCAUCAACAAGCCCCUGGUCCCUCUUGUUGCGCCGAACGAGGAGCGAGUGGUCGACAGUACCUCUGAAGUCCUAACGCGGGAAGAACGCCGAAAGAUCCCGAAUCCACUGACCGCCCUUAAACUGCUUCGAAAUCCCAGCACUGCCAUAGUUCUGGUUGCAUACGGAAUCAACUACACGGUCUACUGUUGCUUACAGGCGUCUUUGUCUACCUUGUUCGUCGACAUCUACGGCGUUUCUGGCUUGGUCGCUGGCCUAGUGUACAUCCCUUUCGGUGUUGCAGUUGCCCUGAGCGCUUUUGCGACAGGGCGCUUACUCGAUCUCAGCUACAAAAAGACGGCGGCACAAAACGGCAUCAGCAUAGUCGAAAGCAAGGAGACCGACUUGAAGGACUUCCCCAUCGAAUUUGCGAGGCUACGAAACGUCAUCUGGAGCGUUGCGUUGAGCGCGUUACUCGUCAUGGGUUACGGAUGGACUCUUCAGGCACGAGUAACCAUGGCCGUCCCGCUGGUUUUACAGUUCCUUAUCGGUCUAACGAUCCAAGGGGUAUUUACCGCACUCAACACGCUUCUCGUCGACCUCCACCCAGACUGCCCCUCAACAGCACAAGCGGCUUGCAACUUUGUUCGCUGCGAGAUGGCAGCCGCCUGCCUAGCCGCCCUCGAUGCAUCAAUGACAAGUAUUGGACCAGGAUGGAGCUUUCUGCUUUUCGGGGCUACCCUCUUCCUUGAGUUUCUGAUGUUGCUUCUCCUUCAGCUCAAAGGGCUGAAAUGGCGGCACGCACGCCCACGCCCUGCUUAA